CCGCAAAGCAUGAUGUUCAAGAGCAGCGGAUCCAAGAUGGCGGUUCCACUGACUCCAAUAGUUCGAUGGGCACAAACCAAAGAAAGAUUAUACUUAACCAUUGAACUCUCUGAUGUUCAGUAUCCGACGAUUGAUUUGAAUGAAGACCGGUUGAUAUUCAAAGCUUAUGGUCAUGGAGCAAGGGGUGAAAGUAACUAUCAACUUGAAGUGAACUUCCUGGAGCCAAUAGAUCCAAGUGCCAGCUCCCAUUCCCUGCUGGAGAGAUAUGUUGAUUUUAGUAUUGCAAAGUGCAAAGGAAGAGAGUUUUUCUGGCAGCGUUUAGUCAACCAGGAAAAGAAACCACACUGGCUGAAAAUAAACUUUGAUAAAUGGAAGAAUGAAGAUGAUUCUGAAGAUGACAAAAAUGAAAAAGAACAAGAAGAAGAAGAUCCACAAAUAAAGAAAAUACUGUUUGAGCAACGAUUUAAGAGAGAUUAUGAUUUACAAGUAGAUAAAGCAAAACAAGAUGUUUUGAGGUUCAUAAAGAAGUUUUAUUUGGUUUUAUUCAACUUGAUGCAAGCCGGGUUAUUUAUGUACAUUGUUGUGAAGAUGCUUGCAAGACUAGCCACUCAGGGUCUAGCUUCAAUCCCAGGCACAUAUGAUGCUGUUAGUGAUGUGUUAGCGACCUGUCAACUGGCUGCCAUCAUGGAGUUCAUUCAUCCAACCAUAGGCCUGGUCAAGACUAGUAUACUUACACCAUUCAUGCAGGUUUCUGGGAGAAAUCUUAUCUUGUUCCUUGUGCUUGUGCCAAAUAAAGAACUCCAUGAAGAUCCUGUGGUUUUCUUAUUGUUCUUAGUCUGGUCUCUCAUUGAGAUUAUAAGAUAUCCAUUCUAUAUAGCACAAACACUGAACAUCCCAAUUGAGCCACUUAUUUGGUUGAGAUAUUCAGCUUGGAUACCCCUUUAUCCUUUAGGAAUCCUCUCUGAAGCAACACUCGUUUGGAAGGCGAUUCCACUAAUGGAAAAAUCCCAGAGAUUUUCAUUUUCUCUUCCAAAUGAUUUUAAUUUUAGCUUCAGUUUUUCUCUUUUCCUCAAAUUCUACCUUCCAUUUCUUUUUUAUGGUGGAACAUACAUGAUGAUCUACAUGAAUUCUUUGAGGAGUAGAAGAUAUGGCAGGAAAAGGAAAGCUGCUUAAGAAAAACUGAAAACAAAUAAUUAUGCCAAUAGGCUAUUUCUGGUGGUAUCAUUUACUACCUACAUGUGCUUCAAUCCUUUCUUGUUCAAUUUUUUAUUUCCUUGGGAAAAUAGUAACAGAGUUGGUGUGUAUCCUGGAGGGUUUCAGUUGGUGGUAACACAUCACACUAUAAUGCAAAUAACUCACUCUUAAAAUUCUCACGUUUUAGUUAGUCCAAUCUAAACAUUCCUGAACAUUGUGUAUUCUCAUUUUAAAUCAAAGUAGUUAAUUUCAGGUCAUCCGAAAGGAAUUGAAGCCAUGACUAAAAGUGAUUUAACUCAGCCCAUAAAAGGAAGUUGUGUAAUUUGUCUAACUGUCAAGACAAAACGAAAGUAAAUAUUUAAAUUAGUAUGUACUAUGUAUUGUUUUCUAAUUAUUUUCCCCACAGGCCAUGUAAAAUCAAAUUUAUAUUCAUCUACUUUACAGCACUAGUCUUGAUCAAGUUGUAAUAUCUAAUAAAAAUUUACCUACACUGG